AUGAAACUAGGCGUGGUAACGAGGAAUAUUGUAUUAAAUGAUGAAGAUAAGGCUGUGGCGGCUGCGGUUUUGGGAACUAAGGCAUUCGAUUUCUUGAUUUCGAGGUCAGUUUCGGCGGAAUGCUCAUUGAUGUCUCUGGGGAAUGGUGAGAAUUUGCAGAAUAAGCUUUCAGAUCUUGUGGAGCGUCCUAAUGCAGCCAAUUUUAGUUGGAACUAUGCGAUUUUCUGGCAACUUUCGUACUCUAAGUCUGGCGACUUGGUCUUGGGAUGGGGAGAUGGGUGUUGUCGAGAGCCUCGUGAAGGCGAGGAGUCGGCAAUUAGUUUUAUCUUCAAACCAAGAAUUGGGUACGAGACUCAACAAUGGAUGAGGAAAAGGGUUUUGCAGAUGCUGCACAAUUUGUUUGGGGGAAUUAACGAGGAUAAUUAUGCUUUUGUAUUGGAUAAGGUUACAGAUACUGAAAUAUUCUUCCUUGUAUCGAUGUACUUUUCCUUCCGUAAAGGAGAAGGUGGUCCGGGGAAGUGUUUUGACUCUGGGAAGCAUGUCUGGAUAUCGGAUGUAUUUAAGUCAUCACUUGAUUUUUAUGUCAGGUCAUUCCUUGCAAAGUCUGCUGGUAUGCAAACAAUCGUUUUGAUUCCGACUGAUGUUGGGGUGGUGGAGUUAGGAUCAAUGCGAUCCAUCCCGGAAAACUUAGAGUUAUUGCAGAUAGUAGGAUCUUCCUUUUCAUCAUUUUCAUUGCGAGGUAUGGCCGAGAAAUCUGCGGCUGUGACGGCAGUAACUGACAAAAAAAAUGGAGACGACCCUAUGUGUAACUUGGCAAUUGGUAAUAAACCACAAGUAGUUCCUAAGUUGUCUGGGAAGGAUUUAGAAUCAGGACGUGCAGAAUUGGGGGUCAACCUUUCUAUCGGGAAAUUGGAAGACAGGCAACGAGAUGUGUCUCCUAGUGGGAACAAAUUGUCAUUUGCAAACACUGUGAAUGGUUUUGAUGCUACAAUGUGGACACAAUUCAACAAUGUAAAACCAGGGAACCUACAGAAAAUUGGCAGAGCUCAGGCCCCAGCAAAAAAAUUACAUGAACUUGUCGACAAGGCCAGGGAAGGGUUUCAGCUCAACAAUUUUCAGCAACAAAAACCAGCAAAAGUGCAUACUGAUUUCAGUGGAGCGACCUCAAGGGCCAUAACUCCUCAGCUGAUAAGUGUGGAGUCUGAGCAUUCAGAUGAUGAGGCUUUGAACAAGAAAGAGCAUCCAAGCCUAUUGGAGGAGAAUAGGCCUCAGAAGCGCGGCCGGAAGCCAGCCAAUGGAAGAGAAGAGCCACUCAAUCACAUACAGGCAGAGAGGCAAAGGCGGGAGAAGCUUAACCAGCGAUUCUAUGCAUUGCGAGCUGUUGUCCCGAAUAUCUCCAAGAUGGACAAAGCUUCGCUUUUGGGAGAUGCUAUAGCUUACAUAAAUGAACUCGAGAAGAAGUUGAAGGACAUGGAGUCCGAUAAGGAAAAACUUGGAAGCUCUUCGGGAGAGUCAUUGGCUUUGGAAGCUAAACCAAAAUCAGAAAUGAACGACCCAAUUGCCAACAUUGAAAUUGAAACUGUCUGUGACAGAGUCCUUGUGAAGGUAAGCAGCCCAUUGAACACUCACCCCAUAUCAAGGAUCAUCCAAGCAAUCAAGGAUGCACAUGCUACUGUCCUACAGUCAUUGGUUGUUGCGGGGAGUGAAAAAGUUUUUCACACAUUCGUAGUCAAGUCGCAAGGAUCAGAACGAUUAACUCAGGAAAGGUUGAUUGAAUUACUUUCCCGUGAAUCCAGCACCUCUCAGCCAUCAUCAUCGGUGGGGUAA